AUGAAAGCGCUGCUCGUGAUUUGCAUCGCGGCAGUUUUUCACUCGAUCUUCGUGGCUUCGCACGACAAGGAUUGCGACGAAGCUCAAGUUUCUACGAAGGCGGGAGAUGUCGAAUGUAAGGAAAAUUGUACGAAAUUACACAAUGAUAAUUCGACGACAUCCGUUCCGUUCAAGGAAAAAGCUGGUAACAAACACAGACAGAGAACUAAUUCUUCGCGAUCGCGGCCCAGAAAUCGUCCGACGCAUCGUCCUCGCAAGAGCGGUAAAGGAACUCGGCGAAAGACGGAUCGCGUUCCACCUGUCGUAAAAAUUCCCGAGAGCAGUUUUUAUGAGGAAGGGCGUGAACGUGAGAGCGUUAAUGUUUGGAAUCACAAGAACAAAAACGACGAUGUCAUGGACGAUAUACCUCAUAGCGGAAUUUUUGACAAUUAUCCGUUUCACGGAGGAUUGGAGGCUGUCCUGGUAAAAUUAAAAGAAGCGCUGGAGAACAAUACUGCAGAAAAUGUGUCGAAUUCAAAUGUGUCGAAUUCAAACAUUGCCAUUGAUGACAUGAGCAGCUUCGACGAUGAAGAUCGCUGUCAGAAGUGGCUGGACAACAGGGAGAAGAUCGAGAAUGCCUUUCCGGGAUCCGUCGCCGACUUGCCAGCGUGUCCUUGCCUGUAUCCGAACACCAUCUUCUACGACAACCAGAUCUGGGACGAGAAGCAAAAGAAGAAGUUUCGAUGGCGCGAUGUGAGCCACGACAAGGACCGGCUCGAGAUCUACAAACCUGGUGCCAUUUAUUGCGUGCAGACUCUAGCAUCUCAACAAAGUGAGAGCGCUAUCGUGCAACACUGUUGCUACGAUGAGAAUAGAAAACUACUGACCCGUGGCUCCGGCGCCGGCACACCGUACAUCGUCAGUCCGGAUAUCUCACCUCUGCUGCACGACAAGAUCGACUUGUUGCCUUGGCGACUUUGUAAGGGUGAUUUCACGAGAUAUAACGAAGUGAGAAUACCCAAUAACGGCAAUGACUGCGAGAUAAAUCCGGAUGAUGAAGAGUAUCAACAUCAAGUGGAAAGUGCGAAAGAUUAUUGA